AUCGUGAAGUACGUUUAAGUUAUUUAGAUCCUUAUUUCUCUCGAAAUCAUUCCUACAAAUUUAAAGAGACCACAAAUUGAAGAGCGAAGACUCCCGGAGAGGCCUCGCGAUCGUCUUCCGUUCUUCGAUCCCUUCGAGUUCUGAGAUUGACUAGUAACUUUUAGGAGGGUAAAGCAAAAAUGUCCUCUACAGAAUUAACCAGGGAGGAGAAUGUAUACUUGGCUAAAUUGGCUGAGCAGGCUGAGCGAUAUGAAGAAAUGGCGGAAUUCAUGGAGAAGGUGGUGAAGAGUCUCGGAUCUGAGGAACUGACAGUGGAGGAACGCAACCUCCUCUCAGUGGCUUACAAGAAUGUCAUCGGUGCACGUAGGGCUUCAUGGCGCAUCACCUCUUCGAUCGAGCAGAAAGAGGAGAGCCGCGGGAAUGAACACCAUGCCAAGGUGAUCAAGAAGUACCAAAGCAAUAUCGAGGCUGAGCUCACCAAGAACUGUGAUGGAAUUCUGAAGUUGCUCGAUUCCCACCUUGUCCCUUCUGCCACAUCCGCAGAUUCAAAGGUGUUUUAUCUGAAGAUGAGGGGUGACUACCACAGGUACCUUGCUGAAUUCAAGACUGGAGAUGAGAGGAAGGAGGCUGCUGAGAGUACACUGGCAGCUUAUAAAUCUGCACAGGAUAUUGCCCUGGCUGAACUGGCACCAACCCACCCAAUUAGGUUGGGAUUGGCACUUAAUUUCUCUGUGUUCUACUAUGAAAUUCUCAACUCUCCUGACCGUGCUUGCAGCCUUGCUAAACAGGCUUUUGAUGAAGCCAUCUCGGAGUUGGACAAUUUGGGUGAGGAAUCUUACAAAGAUAGCACAUUGAUCAUGCAACUCCUUCGCGACAACUUGACCCUUUGGACUUCUGAUAUCACGGAGGAUGGAGAUGAGAUCAAAGAAAAGGAAGCCCCAAAACCAGCUCAAAAGCAGGAAUCAGAAGAGGACAGCAAGUGAUGACCAACCAAACCUGGCCUUGUUUCAGCAAAACAAUGGCAGAAGUUGGAGGAACCCUCCAUUUGUUUUCCUUGGAGGUGGCGUUGAAGAAUUGCUAGUUAUUCGAGUUGUUAUUUUGUGCUCCAAUGUUUAAGGUGCUAAUUAAACAGAGGUCUACUGUUCUAACUAUCAACAUUUUAUGUUCCAUCAUAUUUACUACAGUUAUUUCGAUAGAAA